UUCACUUUGUCUGCGAGCCAGAGAAUGUAAAAGAUAUGAAAGAGUUAAAUUAAUUCAGGAAUUGUGAGAUUUUAGAAAACAAAUAUUUUUAAAAAACUACGAUUUUCUAGUCAUCAUCAUGAGACGCGUAGUGGUGACGGGGCUUGGUCUCGUGACCCCGAUGGGCGUCGGCGUACCGGUCGUUUGGGAACGUGUCAUCUCCGGUCAUUCCGGCAUUCGUGGGCUGACCGGGCCUGAAUAUGCCAAACUUCCUUGUCGUGUGGCAGCCACGGUUCCCACGGACGGUGAAAAAGGCGGGGUAAAUCUGAGCACCAAAUUCACCGAGGCUGAACGUCGUUCUUGCUCGAAGGGAAUUUUGUUUGCUCUGUUGGCGACGGAGGAGGCCCUUGCGAACAGUGCCCUCUUGACCACACCUGCUUUAUCUCAAGAGGCCAAAGAGAGGAUCGGAGUGGCCGUGGGGAUGGGGAUGCUCGACCUGCAGGACGUAAUCGACACGGGAAAAACGUUAGAAGAAAAGGGCUACAGUCGAGUCUCUCCAUAUUUCAUUCCGCGAAUUUUACCCAACCUUUCGGCCGGUCAGAUCAGUAUCAAGUACGGAUUUCAGGGCCCCAACCAUUGCGUCUCCACCGCCUGUGCCACUGGGGCUCAUGCUAUCGGAGACGCCUUCAACUUCAUUCGCCUCAAUCACGCCGACGUUAUGAUUUGUGGUGGCGCAGAAUCCUCCAUAAAUCCUCUCACAAUCGCCACAUUCGCCCGGUUACGCGCUCUGUCGACGAAAUUCAACGAUUCACCGCCAACCUCCUCCCGUCCUUUCGAUUCUGACCGAGACGGCUUCGUGAUGGGCGAGGGGGCCGGUGUUCUCGUCCUUGAAGCGUUGGAUCACGCCAAGCAAAGAGGAGCCCCAAUCCUAGGUGAGGUUUUGGGCUACGGUCUCUCCGGUGAUGGACAUCACAUGACGGCGGCGAGGGAGGAUGGCCACGGUGCGUUCAGAGCGAUGAAAAAUGCCAUCAGUUCUUCCCAAGUUGACCCCAAGGAUAUUUCCUACGUUAACUGUCACGCCACAUCAACACCAAUCGGGGACAAAGCGGAGAUUACAGCGCUGAGGAAAUUAUUUCAGGAUAAAAAUAUUGGCCGAGCCCCGAUUUCAUCCACGAAAGGAAGUCACGGACAUCUUCUCGGGGCAGCCGGUGCGGUAGAAUCCGCCCUAACGAUUCUCGCCCUACAUUACAAACAACUACCACCGGCAACUAAUAUCGUAAAUUUGGAUAAAGAAUUCUCUGGCAUCAACAUUGUUGGACAGGGACAAGAAUCCAAUCAUCUUCUCGAGACUGACAACCCCAAGAAAAGAUUUGUAGCUUUAAAAAACUCAUUCGGUUUCGGUGGGACGAACGCGUCCCUAUGCUUGGCCUCGUUUAUUGAAUAAAACAAAAAAUUAUGACAAAAUUUAACAA